GAGUGCUCGGCAGCGCGUCGCGCGUCGGGCCAUGCACUGCAUCUUCGACGUGGCCGUCACAUUGGACUCCGAGUACGAGAAGAUGAUGGCAGAGUACCUCCAGGCCGCCCACGUGCAGGAGGUGGUCGACAUCCUGCUCGAGCUCGACAACACAUCGUCGCGCCACUACUCGAUUGCGAUCAGCUUGCACGACGUGCUGGACUGGGACGGCGCGCGAGGCGCGUGGCUCGGCACCUUCCUCGUGCACGAGCCGAGCCGCGCGCUUCCCCUCUUCGAGGAGGCGAUCCGUGCCGUCCAGCGCUCCGUCAUGGCGGCGCACGAGGACGGCCACUUCAUGUCGGUCAAGCCGUCGGUCCACGCGCGGCUCUACCGGCUCCCCCACUGCACCGAGCUGCGCAAGCUCAACGUCUCCUCGCUGCGAGCCGACGACUCCAACUGCCUCAUCCAGGUGCCGGGCACGGUGAUUCGCACGGGGCAACUCAAGAUGCUGCAGCUGUCGCGCGAGUACGAGUGCGCCAAGUGCAAGUUCCGGCACACGGUGCGGGCGGAGCUCGAGGAGCGGCACCAGAUGUCGCUGCCCGCCGAGUGCACCGCCUCGGGGGGGACGGGCAAGCCCUGCGGCGGCACCAAGUUCGAGCUUGUCGACGGGAGCGAGGAGUGCCACGACUACCAGGAGGUGCGCAUCCAGGAGCAGGACGACCUCAUCGACGCGUGCAAGCCCGGCGACGACAUCACCGUCGUCGGCACUCUGCGCAAGCGCUGGCGGCCCCUCUCGCGCGGGAACAGGCCCGACGCGGAGCUCGCCAUCGACGCGCUGCACGUGCACGUCCACAACGAUGAGGUUGGCUCGGCGCGCGUCUCGAGGGAGCUCGGCGCGGAGUUCGAGGCGUGCAUGCGCGUGCGGGGAGAGUCUCACCUGCUGCUCGUCGGCGACGCGGGCACCGGCAAGUCGGCGCUGCUGCGCCACGCCGCGCGCCUCUCGCCGCGCUCCGUCCUCACCACCGGCAUCGGCGCCACGUCGGCGGGGCUCACCUGCACCGCCAUCCGCGAGCCUGGAGGCGGGCGGGGCGGCUCGAGGAGACGCGAGAUGGCGCGGGGCGAGUGGAUGCUCGAGGCGGGGGCGCUGGUGCUCGCCGACGGGGGCGUGUGUGCGAUCGACGAGUUCGACUCGAUCCGCGAGCACGACCGCGGCGCGAUCCACGAGGCGAUGGAGCAGCAGACGCUGUCCGUCGCAAAGGCGGGAGAUAGGGGGAGAUAUGGGGAGAUAUGGGGAGACACUGCGGGCCUGGUCUGCAAGCUGCGCACAAAGUGUUCCGUCUUUGCCGCGUGCAACCCAAAGGGCAAGGGGUACGACCACGACCGCUCGAUCUCUGUCAACACGGGCCUGCCCUCGCCCCUCCUCUCGCGCUUCGACGUGGUGCUCCUUCUCCUCGACAAGAGCCGCGCCGGCGGAGGGCGCAGCGAGGAGCACGACCGCGACGCGCAGCACAUCUUGCGCGAGGCGUGCGGCGAGGAGGGGCCGCCGCCGGAGCCAGACGCAGCGACGUGGCCGCUCGAGAAGAUGCGCGCGUACGUCGAGUUCGUGCGCGGCUCCUUCCGGCCGUCUGUCACGCCGCCAGCGCAGCGCGCGAUCGUGGCGUACUACUCGCACCAGCGGCAGGCCGACACGACGAGCGAGGCGCGCACGACGAUCCGGCUGCUCGAGUCCGCGGUCCGGCUCGCACAGGCGCACGCGCGGCUCAUGUUCCGCGAGGAGGUGACCCUGCUCGACGCGAUCUACGUCAUCGUCGUACUCGAGUCGUCGACGCUCCACUCGCGCCUCGCGGGCGGGAGCAUCUGCGCGCUCACGUCGAUGUUCGACGAGACGCCCGACGCGACCUACCCGCUGCUGCGUGAUAAAAUCCUCGACUCGCUCGGCAUCGACGCCGAGGGGAGGCCGCUCCGGCAAGGAGGAGGGGGGGGGUACCCGGGAGAACGCCUGGGCGGGUACAUGUGAAGUACACUGCCUUCCGCCUUCUUGGACUUGGUCGCAUCUCCCAUGUCUCCGUGAUUGUGCACAAUCGUUCAAAUAU